CUCUAGAUUCCUGGGCUCAGUGACUGGCCAGAGGCCCACACCUCCGUGGGGGUGGGGCAGAGGCCAGUGUGGACCAGGCACUUUCCUGAGCAUGGAGCCUCUUGGAGUGGCUAGUUAGAAUGUUUCCAUGGUGUGGCCUUUAGGUGAGAUUUUCCACUCUGCUCAGAGUGUGGAUCAUCAUGAUGAAUUCAUUGAGUCGGAGAUGAAAAGGACCUUAAACUCGUGCAUCACUGAGAAUGGACACCAACCAGGGGCAGGUCCAGGUGAUGGACCCCCUGAGGCCGCUCAAACCUUCCCAGCACCUGAACCCCCUAGACCUCGCCCUGUGAGCCUCUCCUUGCGGCUGCCCCACCAGCCAGUCACAGCCAUCACACGCGUCUCUGAGAGGUUCUCUGGGGAGACCUCAGCCACGGCUCUCUCGCCCACGUCUGCCACCGUCCUCAGCCCGAGCCCCAGCGAGGCCACCACACCCUGGACUCCCAGUCCUAGUGAGAAGAAUUCUUCUCUCUCACGGUCUUCAUUGGGCUCUGGCUAUGGGGCAGUGGCAGGAGGCAGGAACAAUGACAGUUCUCUCCUCAGCCCAGCUCUGGUGACGCCGUCCCAGUCACCCCCAUCCUCACAGCCACCAGCCACCGCUCCGGCCCAUCGCCAGGGGGAGCGCCGCCGGGAGCUGGUGAGAUCGCAGACGCUGCCCCGCACGUCGAGUGCGCAGUCCCGGAAGGCCUUGUUUGAGAAGUGGGAACAGGAUACAGUGGGCAAGGGGAAAGGUGAGGCCCGGGGCAAGCUGAAGCGGUCCCAGAGCUUUGGGGUGGCCAGCGCCAGCAGCAUCAAGCAGAUCUUGCUAGAGUGGUGCCGCAACAAGACUCUUGGCUACCAGCAUGUGGACCUGCAGAACUUCUCCUCCAGCUGGAGCGAUGGGAUGGCAUUCUGUGCCCUGGUGCACUCAUUCUUCCCCGAUGCCUUUGACUAUAGCGCCCUGAGCCCCACGCAGCGGAAGAAGAAUUUCGAGCUGGCCUUCACCAUGGCUGAGAAACUGGCCAACUGUGAGCGCCUCAUUGAGGUGGAGGAUAUGAUGGUGAUGGGCCGCAAGCCGGACCCCAUGUGUGUCUUCACUUACGUCCAGUCGCUGUACAACCACUUGCGUCACUUUGAGUGAAGCCCCUCAGGCCUGGAGCGCCACAUAGCAACCCCAGGAGGAGACUGUGGGGCCCUUUGUGUUCCCUGAGUCAGGAUGGCCCUGAGAAGAGUUGCAUUUUGGUGUGAGCGCUGUUUGUCCUGUGGUGUGUGACUGCACUCCUGUCCUGCCCAGCUGUGUUACUGAUUAAAGCACCGCUGAGCUGCGCUCUGACUGCGUUGAUCACAGCCAGGGGCUUGAAGGAAAAGGAAAAAUUACCAGAGAGAGAGAGAAAAAUUGGUGCUAAGUAAUUAUCUUCCUUAAAAAAUAGCUUGUUUGUAGAUCCCAGAAUGCUAACUCACAAUUUUCCCUCUGUUAAAUCCGAUAUAUUGAUUUCACAGCGUUACUUACAUUGAUUACCAAGUGUUUUUUUUUUUUUUUUUAAU